GCUGUCAGCUCCACACAACGGAUUUAAGGCCUUUUUCCGAGAUGCAGGUCCUGCUUCUCAAAGAGCCUAGGGAUGGAGAAUCUGGACCUGAUCCUUAUAUUAAGGAGCUGGCAUCACAUGGACAUAAAGCCACACUUAUUCCUGUUCUGUCUUUUAAAUUUGUCUCAUUGAACACAUUGACAGAUAAGAUUUUCCAACCUGAAAAACAUGGAGGUCUCAUUUUUACCAGUCCAAGAGCAGUGGAGGCUGUGAAGAUGUGCAUAGAGGAAAGAAAGGAAGAAUGGGGCAGCUCUGUGAAAGAUAAGUGGAACACCAAGUCCAUAUAUGUGGUGGGAAAGGCCACCGCUGCAUUAGUCCGAGGUCUGGGUUUGAAUCCUGUGGGUGAAGACACGGGCACCGCAGACGUCCUGUCCCGCGUUAUCAUUGAACGAGAGGACACAAAUAUUCCUCCACUUUUCUUCCCCUGUGGCUCCAUCAAAAGGGAAGUCUUGCCGACAGCUUUGAGGGAAAGCGGAGUGCCCCUAGAGACGCUGACUGUCUAUCAAACAGCUGAACAUCCAGAUCUGGAGAAGAAUCUCAACAACUACUUCACAGAGCAGGGAGUUCCUGCCAGCAUAGCUUUCUUUAGUCCGUCAGGGGUGAAGUUCUGCCUUGAAGUGGUGCGGAAGCUUUCAAGGGAACGGCUGACUCAGAUAAAGUUUGCAGCCAUAGGACCAACUACACGAGAUGCGAUGACAGCAGAAGGUCUGUGUGUCAGCGCUACAGCAGAAAAGCCAACAGCUGAACAUCUGGGAGCAGCCAUCGCCAAAGCCCUGCAGUAACACACGAACUUCAACACAUAAAUGGUGUUAUUUCCACAACCUGUUGCCAGAAUAAUGUUGCCAUUGUACAUUUCUGCAACCACAGAUAGUAUAGAAUAUAGAUUUCAAGAUUCAAAGAUUCAAGAUUGCCAUUUGUGCAUAUACACAUAGGAAUUCUUGUGCGGUCAUUCAGAUAGUCAGGUAAAAAACACCCCACA